AUGCCUAAGGAAUUGGUGGCCAAGGUCGCCAUAGAGAACCCCCCUGACCAUACUGUGACCGAGACUUUCGAUUUCGACGAUGCCUUACGGAUGGUUCAAAAAUGGCUGUCCUUGCUCGACGGAGCUUUCGUUAUGAAAGCCUCGGGAAUACGCUUCAUCGAUGGUCCUUGCGGCAUCGUGAUGCACUCCUCUACCUGUUUUCCAGUGUCAAUGGCCAGGGAUGCGAGCUGGGACGUAACGCUCGAACAACGCAUUGGCGACGCUAUCGGCCUAGAAGGACGUGCCCAAGGGGCCAAUUUCUUAGCCGGGAUCUGUAUCAAUCUUCCUCGGCAUCCCGCCUGGGGCUGCAUACAGGAGACCUACGGCGAAUAUCCCAUACUCCUGGGCGAAUUCGGUCUCGCACUGCAUCGCGGCGUCUGA